AUGAGGGGAGUAUCCCGUGCUGCUCGAGGCUGGAGACGAAACCCCCCCUCAUAUACUCCAGGUCAGCCUGAGGCCUUGCAACCAACUUUUCCUGCAACUCGAGCUCAACCUUCUAGGAAUCGGCAUGCAAGUCAACCUCAAGCGCUUCGUGCUACAACUCACAGUCCUAAGCCAGAUAAUUAUGGGAAUUCAGAUCACUUGAACAGUGAUCCAGUCCAGGAGAUUAAGGGCUUGCGGGACAUAAUCAAGUUCCAACAGCGGUUCCUACACUCCGUGGAACCCCCGGCUACCAAGGUCGAUAUCAAAGAUGUGGCGCAUGCCGUGACGCGCGCUGUUGAAGACAGCACAAAUGCUGUCUUGUCAAAAAUCUCCAUCAGCUCCAAUGAACUGGAGAUGAAAUUGGAGGAGUUGAUGAGAUUGCAGGAGUCGAUCAACGAGACAAAUGAUCGGACAAAUGUCCUGUUCAUUUCAGGCGAGGAAGACAAAAUCGAUAACCCAAGCUUCCAAAGUGGCACGGCAUCUGCGUUUCCGAAGUCACGCGGCGACUUCAGAGCGGCGGCUGUACAACUAGCUCAGGUCGAGGCUCCUGCCUUUCCGCUUCCUUAUGGCGAUGCCAUGAAUUUUAACCCGGAGUAUGUAACACAGGGCCGGCGCGGUGGUGCUAGGUUAGCUGAACGCUUUGUCAAGGAUGUGCGCAAAUACAUUGACAAUAUCGACCCUGCCGCAGGCAGACGUGCGGAUAUCAGGAUCCGUGUCUAUGCCAACGUCGUGGGCUUAUCGAAAGCAUACCGUCAUGCGGGGAUCAUUCCUGCGGGACAGGACCUCGCCGAUUUCGUCCGUGGGUUUAAUUCCGGCCAUGAAAAUUGUGAUUUUGUGGAUGUUGGGCCGGGCCCCGAACUCGCUGAUAAGAAAAUUAUAGACAACGGGUACUUCCCACUACUCUCAUUGCACCUGCAGAAAAAGAGCACGCGCCUUGCACUCGUUGAAGGCCCUCCAUUUGCUUCGCGGCUGCGACAGAUAGCUAAAGAAUUCCCAACUACGUCGUUUCCACGAGUCUUUAUGUCGGCCAGCUUACCCCCACUGCCAGAUGCCGACAAUAGCGUAACGAACCCUGCGGCCGAAAGUGCCGCCUCCAAUGAAGCUCAGCCCGGAGCUGCAGAGGUUAAGACUUUGGAAGCUUCGUGCGGCGUGGAUGACGAAUCAGACACUGUGACUGCUUAAAUCAAUGUGGUUCCAGAGCCGAAUAUCUGGUACGGACAGUCUUGACUCGACUACCGAGACAAGACAUAGUUGGCUGAGCAUAGAUACUCAGUGCCGAUCAUUCAAGCGAGAUGCACCCAUAGAUGGCGAGGCCUCUGGAUCUUUGCGAUUGGAUAUCCCGAGGUAGUUCAACAGAUGCUGGGAGAGCAUGACGCGUGUGGACGUACCUAGAUUUCUGCAUUGGCGCAAGACCUAGGUGGUUUUGUGGUCGUUUUAUUCGCAUCGUUUAUGUGCUGGAGCCCGAACGAUGUACAAAACUUGGUUAUUUU